GUGUCGGAAAAGCACGAUCGAUUAUCGGUGGCGCACGGUUUUUGGGGCGCGCCCGCGAGUAGUGUUGUGUGCGUGCGCGAUUCAGGUGUGUGCGUGUGAUCUUCAGUCAGGGGUGUGGUGUGUACGUACCCCGUUUUGUGUAAGCUUCGCGAUCGUCCCGAAAGUGAACUGCGCGCGGUUGUGGCAUCUUAAUUGAUAAAACCGAACCAGUGACACACCUGUUUGAUCGCCUUCGAUCGUCCAUCUUGCGCGAGGUGAGGAUCAUUUGUGGCCGCCACUGCGUAGUGUUUGUGUGAAACGCGUGUGCUAACACGGUAAAGAAGUAACUCAUCCCCGGCGUCGUGUUGAAAAAUGAGAAAGCCAAGAAGCCCAAUGUCCAGCGCUCACCGGAAUGCUGGGGCGCUGCUGCUGGUGCUAGCGAUCGCCGUGGUCAGCGGCCAGCGUACACCGACUAUAUCCUACAUAACACAGGAACAGAUCAAGGAUAUUGGCGGCACGGUUGAUAUGGAGUGUUCGGUACAGUACGCCAGCGAUUACUCGGUGCACUGGAUCAAGACGAGCAACGAUCGGUCGGACGUGGUGUUCCUGUCGACCGGAAGCUCGCUGGUGCUGAAGGAUUCGCGCUUCUCGCUCCGCUACGACCUGUCGUCCACGUCCUACACGCUGCAGAUCAAGGACAUCCAGGAGACGGAUGCCGGCAUCUACCAGUGUCAGGUGGUGCUGUCGGUGACGAACAAGAUCACCGCCGAGGUGCCCCUGCACGUCCGCCGGCCCCCGAUCAUCUCCGACAACUCCACGCAAUCGAUCGUCGUUUCGGAGGGCCAACCCGCCCAGAUGGAGUGCUACGCGUCCGGGUACCCGGUCCCGCAGAUCACCUGGCGGCGCGAAAACAACGCCAUUCUACCGACGGGUGGCGCAACGUACUCGGGCAACGUGCUCAACAUUAACACGGUGCGCAAGGAGGAUCGCGGCACGUACUACUGCGUGGCGGACAACGGCGUGAGCCGCGGUGACCGGCGUAACGUGAAUCUGGAGGUAGAGUUUGCGCCCGUCGUGACGGUGCCUCGGCCGCGCGUCGAACAGGCACUACAGUACGACAUGGAUCUCGAGUGCCACAUCGAGGCGUACCCGCCACCGGCCAUUCGCUGGCUGAAGGACAGCGUGCAGCUAUCGAGCAACCAGCACUACUCGCUGUCGCAGUUCGCCACGGCCGACGAGUUCACCGACUCGACGCUCCGUGUCAUCACGGCCGAGAAGCGCCAGUACGGCCAGUACAUCUGCCAGGCCACGAACAAGCUGGGCGAUGCGGAGGGCCGCGUCGAGUUUACCGAGUCCGUCAUUCCCGUGUGUCCACCGGCCUGCGGACAGGCGCGUUACGGUGGCGGUGCCAGUGCGGUCUCAGUUUCGUUCCUUCUUCUUCCGGUGGCCACACUGCUAACGAUCGUGGCCACCGCGGCCGCCACCGCCACCGUACGGCUCACGAACCGUUCAUAGAUUGCACCGGAAGAAGAUAAGAAUGGCGUCGUCACACCCCCCAACACAGGCGGUGCCGAAAUCAACCCCCGAAGGACAACCUCCUCUCCACAGCAGCCUCCGCCGGAUUGAAUGAUAUCGAUCGACACUACGACCAGAGUACAAUCACACUCUCAUACAACGCUAAAUAUUGCUACUGCUUUGUAUACGCUGUGACACAAGGUGGAACGAAGCCACAUAUUGAGGAACGGAUUCAGCAGGAGUCCGUAUCCCGGUCCGUAUCGGAAGCCCUGUGUAGGCACAUCACAUAUCUUAUAUGAGAACAGGCGCACGAGAAAGGUGCCACAGCACUUUAUGAAUC